GAUGUACAAAAAAUGCGAGCCUAAUAAAAUCGGUGGUUGGAUGUCAAUUAAGAACCAUAAACCUAAUCCAUCUCUCUUCUCUCUUUAUAUAUACGCACACAACUUAUCAAAGCUCUUGUCCCAUCUAACAAAACUCUCUUGUAAGCAUGGUGGUUAAUCAGAAUAUAUCCGGCCUUGCAUCCGCUAUGAACGCCAAAAUCAUCGGUUCUGGCGAGAGAACAAUGAUCUUGGCACACGGUUUUGGAGGCGACCAGUCGGUUUGGGACAAGAUGAUACCGGUCUUGUCCCAAUCUUUCAAAAUCUUGGUCUUUGACUGGCUUUUCUCUGGAGCCGUUAAAGACCAAACUCUUUAUGACCCUUCAAAGUAUAACUCUUUAGAUGCUUUCUCAGAUGAUCUUAUUGCUCUUAUGGAGGAGUUGAAGUUUGGUCCGGUCGUUUUCGUAGGCCAUUCCAUGUCGGGUAUGAUCGGUUGUGCUGCUUCUAUUAAAAGGCCCGACUUGUUUACAAGUCUUCUUCUCGUUGGUGCUUCUCCCAGGUACAUAAACUGUGAGGACUACGAAGGAGGGUUUGAGUCAAAAGACAUCGACACAAUCAUCUCAAACAUUGGCUCCAACUACGAAGCAUGGGCGGUUGCUUUCUCAUCCAUCGUGGUCGACCCGAGAGAUUCUGACUCAGUCCAAAGGUUUGAGAAGUGCCUUAAGAAGAUGAAGCCCGAGACGGCUCUUGCCAUAGCUAAGAUAGUUUUUGGUAGCGACGAGAGAGAGCUCUUGGGACAAGUGUCAGUGCCUUGUCACGUCAUACAGACUGGAAACGACGUCGUGGUGCCUGUCUCCGUCGCGUACUUCAUGCAGGAGAAGAUUAAAGGGAACUCGACGGUGGAGAUCAUCGAAGACGCCAUCGGGCAUUUUCCACAGAUGACCUCGCAUUUGGAACUGCUUGGUGUCAUGAGGCGUCUCCUCGAGUUUUAAGAAUUAAAUUCAUAAGAGCUUCUUGUCUAUAUAUAUGAUCGUAUUACUAAGAUAAUGAAGUGUGUCCAUUAGUAGUAUAUGUUUUGUGUAAUAUGUAACGUGAGAAUGUGUGUGUUUUUAUUGAUAGCUUAAAGUAAUUUACUAAGCUUUCAAAAAUAUAUAUGGAGUUAAAAAGGGACCGUGUGCAAUUUAUCGGUUAUACUUAAUUGUGCAUCACUUUGGUU